AUGUUUGAUGAGUAUAUCCAGGGCAAGGCAUUGCGCCGCCUUUCUCGGUUUAGUUGCUCUGUGGGAUUCUUGAUCGAGGGCUACCAAGCCGGAGUCCUCGGUGGUGUACAAGAGACGAAACCCUUUCUUAAUGCAAUUGGGAAUCCUACUGGCACUGAAACGAUUCCCAUGAUUGCGUCCUCGUAUACCCUGGCAGCGGCAUUUAUGUCUUGUGUCGUCAUGCUUAUUGGGAUGCCACUCGGUCGUCGAAGGUGCAUUAUUAUUGGGAAUGCGUUUAUUGCGAUUGGUGGGGUUAUUCAAGCUACUUCAUAUUCGGUUCCUCAGAUUAUCGUUGCUCGAGUUCUUUGCGGAUUUGGGAUUGCAUUCAUCACUUGCAAUGUUCCAAUGUACAUGUCUGAGAUGAGUGUCGAGGCUCGGGAACGCGGACCGGAGGUUGCAAUCAACUGCUCGUCCCUGCUAUUCGGAGUUGCACUAUCCUAUUGGAUAACGUUUGGUUUCACUCGCAUGGCAAACCAGGUUUCCUGGCGCAUGCCAAUAGCUUUCCAAAGCCUCUUCGCCAUCCUCUCCGGUGUAUCAAUGGUCUUCCUACCAGAUACCCCCCGAUGGUACUAUGCUCGCGACAACAUCCCCGAGGGCGACAAAACCCUCUCCCGAAUCUACGGCGUCUACCGCAAUGGCACCACCAAUCACAGCACCGUGCCAGAAAUCCAAGCCAUGAAACAGAAUAUCAUGGAAAACUUCCACGUUGAAGAAGAAUCAGAUAACCGUCUAACCUUGCUAAGUCUUAUCUGGGAUACCACCCCACUCCGUGUGGGCCGACGAGUGCGGAUAUCCUUCCUGAUUCUUGCUAUUCAGCAGUCAAUGGGUAUUAACAUGUUGGUCUACUAUAUGACGCUUAUCUUUACGAAUGUCGGUUUAUCGGAUUUCCUGGCUUCGUUGUUGGCGGCGAUUUCUUUGACGGUGCAAUGGGUUGGUUCGCUGUUAUGCGUCGUUACUAUUGAGCGUAUCGGUCGUCGCAGGAUUAUGAUGUGGACGGCUUGUAUAGAAACAUGUUGUAUGCUUAUUUUCGUGGUCUUGAAUACGCUUCAGGAUAAGACCGUUUCGACUCAGUGGGCUGCGGCGAUGAUCAUGUUCCCCUAUAUGUUCUUUUAUGGAUGGGGAUGGGUUGGUUGUCCAUGGCUUUAUGGGCCAGAGAUUGCACCUCUUCGGUAUCGCCAUAUUGGAUCCGCAGCUGGUCUUCUCGGCGUGUGGCUGUUCACUUUCCUCACUGUUUUUGCAGGAGGUAUUGCUUUCGAGACUGUCGGUCCCAAAAUAUGGAUUUGGCCGCUUAUUUUCAACGCCAUCGCUUUUCUCUUUGUGUACUUUAUGUGCCCUGAUCCGACCAACAAAACACUCGAAGAAGUCGAUGCCCUUUUCGCCAAGGAUGAGGCUAUUCUUAACCGUCUCAACCAUCUUGUUGAUGAGAAGCCUACUGCGCAGGAAAUUGAAAAAGCUACUUAG